GCUAAAGCGAAGGUCAUGGUUGAUUAUCCGUCCAGACUCAGGAGAAGUAUGUAGUCUUCUGGUCGGAAUGGGGCAGACGUCGAAUAGAAGCCUUUGAUCCGUUCAAUGUCAAUCGCAUUCAAUUGACGGGGGGCUGUAGUUUCUGUAAAGACGACUGACUAGGGAACCAGAACCGGGAUGAAAUGUCUUCCAUCCGCAAAAGUCCCUCAAGCUAACGGAAAUGUACUUCACGACUGGCACGCAGAGAUCCUGGCCCUCAGGGCCCUCAAUCAAUUUUUCCUCACUGAGUGUCGCCAUCUUCUGGACAACGGCGGUGAACAAACUGAUAUCAUCCGCCGUCGGCCACAACAGGAGCGAAAUUUUGCUUCCCAGCACAGGGAUACCUGGCAGGCCCAGCCUUUCGCUAUCCGGGAUGACGUUCGCUUGCACAUGUACUGCUCGGAAGCGCCUUGUGGCGAUGCCAGUAUGGAGCUGACCAUGGCAGACCAAGAGGACGCCUCACCAUGGGAGAUGCUACCGCCUCUGACUGCGACCAAUGGGGCGCCCGAGGGUCAUGGUGGCAGUGACCACCGGAAUGGUGACACUGUUCUGCUCGGCCGGGGAUAUUUCUCCCAACUGGGCGUCGUACGCCGGAAGCCCGCUAGGGCAGACGCACCCCCUACUGCGUCUAAAUCGUGCUCCGACAAGCUGGCCCUGCGACAAUGCACGUCCGUAUUGUCGUCGCUGACGUCGCUGCUUAUUCACCCUGGAAACGCAUACAUCCGCUGCCUAAUCGUGGCCGAGUCACAGUACACGCCCGCGGGGUUCGAGCGCUCGUUCUCUGCCAAAGGACGAAUGAGUAGUCUUGAGGGAAGGACGUGGCAUGGUGGAUAUGCCUUCGUGCCGUUCCAAGUCGCUACCACCAGACGAGAAUUCGACUUCUCAAAACGCAGCGUGAGACAGCAAUCAGAGCGGAUAGCGGCGAGUAACUUGGCGGUUGCUUGGAAUCCCAGGCUCGAGGAGGGACUUAUAGGGGGUGUACUGCAAGGGAGGAAAGCUUUCGACAGCAAAGGGGCGAGUCAGGUUUCGAGGAGGAAGAUGUGGGCUCUCGCUCGGGAGAUAUCUGCUAUCUUGGCAGACGAUCACAGUCCAAUAUGCAGCAAGCUCUCGGCAGAUAGCUACGACGCCGUCAAGACGGGAGAGUGUUCGCAAGCUCGAAGGGCAGUCUUGGAAGACGCCAAACGGGAGGCCUUGGCCAGUUGGGUGCCCAAUGUUCGUGAUGAAAACUGGUCUAUAGGGUAGCUUCGGAUAGGAGGACUUCGCUCCCAGUGGCAUACCAAGAAUCAACUCUAGUCGGAUGACU